UCUGCUGCUUUUUCUCUUCCAAAAGGAGCAGAGUUCUUCAUUCGUGUCGUUCGGUUCGUUAUCGUUUUUUUUUUUUGCAAAUAAAAAAAAUAAUAAAUUUUUGUAUAUGCGCGAAAAAUUAAAAUAAAAUAAAACAAAAAUUUACACUUGUGUGUUUCAUAAAAAGUUUGUUCUUUUCCCUUCUGCUACACUCACUUGUCUUGUCUUAUUUCCCACAAAAUGAUAGAGAAAUAGAAGAAAAAACCAUCAUCUUUGCAAGCAACUAAAAUAAAAUUUAACAAAAAAAAAAAAAAAAAAAAAUUAGAAACAUGUUUGCUAUCACAACUUAAAACCUUCUCUCUUCAAAAUCUUGAAAAAUUCCCAUACAAAUUGAAAAAAGGAAAACAAGCAACUCCCAAGAGUGUGAAAAAAUAAGUCAAAAAGUGCAUAAAAUUUUAAGCAAAAAAAAAAAGAAGUAAAAAAAAAAGUAACGAAAACGAAGAACGAAACACUUUCCAGUGUUAUACACAUAAAAUAAUAAACAACUCAGCGCACGACAGACAAAAACAGAGACUCACUGAGACGGACACUAAAAAUUACACCAACCAAAAAUCCAAUUGGGAAUUCGGGAAAGUGUAAAAAUUCAUUCAAAAAUUCAGCCAAGUUAAACCCGAACCCGAAAUUUCCUCCUCCAGAGUUUCUGCGUGUCUCAAACCGUCACAGAGUCGUCCUAGACCCAAAUCCUUAGACAAAUAGUAACGGUAAACGAGAUAAACGGUAGACGAGAGAACAAGUUCUUAAAUUAUUCUUAUUAUAAUCAACUCGAAAAAAAAGAGUUCAAUCAUGAGUUCAAGUGCUGAAGUUGACGCUGCUGAUGUUGCUGCUGUUGGUUCCGCUGCUGACGAUUCUUCGUCCGAUUUGCCAACCUCAGUGCUUCUAGUCACGGCCAAUGUUGGUAGUGUUUUUGAAGAUCCAUCACGAUUAUUGGAACCAUGGGUGGAGGAGUUCCUGGCGCGAGUAACACAACUCAAACCUCAAUUCUUGGCUUUGCAUUUGCAAGAAGUCGGCGGCAAGACAUACGAAAAGUCUAUGGAAUAUGUUCAGGAUUUUAUAAGGAGUUUGUGUGAGGCCAAGCAAUUGAGUGAUUAUUCUUGCAUUCGUAUUUACAUGGAUGAGGAUUUUAAGUCAGCUGAACACUUUACUGCUCUGGGAAAUUUAUACUUCGUCCACCGGUCGCUGAAUGGGGUGAAAAUAUGGAACUUCCUUUCACACGAAUGGGACUCAGCCGAAGGGAAAAACAUUUACACGGGCAACAUUGAGACCAUCUCCACCAAAGAGAAAUCUAAAUUUCCACAACACUUCUUUCCGGAAUGCAAAUGGUCGCGUAAAGGCUUCAUGCGUACGCGCUGGGAAAUUAAUGGAACUGUUAUUGAUCUCGUCAAUAUUCAUCUAUUUCAUGAUGCUUCUAAUUUAGCUGCUUGCGAAGAGUUCCCCUCGGUUUAUUGUAAGACAAGGAGGAGAGCUCUCGUUCACACAUUGGAAAGAUUCCAUAUAGAUGCCAAAAACGGGCUGGCACCCUUUUUUGUUUUUGGAGAUUUUAACUUUCGCUGUGAUACAGAAGGAGUUGUUAAAGAACUUACAGAAAACUUAACAGCACAUCGGGUACAAAGUAUUAAACAUGAUAGUACAAAGGUGCACUAUAGAAAUACCGAUGGCGAUAAUGUACUUACAGUUGGCAAAAAAGAAUUCAAUUAUGCCGAUCAUCAACUUAAAUUUAAAGAAGCUUGGUUACAAAAAUACGACCGAGAGUUGGAGCCACUUAAUGAAAUUCUAGUCGAAUAUCCAAUAAAAUUCCCCCCAACUUAUCCAUAUGAAGAGGAUCCUGAUAUGCCAUCGGAUUAUAUGUCAACACGUUGUCCAUCUUGGUGUGAUCGCAUAUUAAUGAGUCCGGCAGCAAAGGAUUUAAUUGUUGAAGAUCCAAACAACAGUGAUGAUGUGAAUCCCUACAACAUAUUGGGAGAGAAUGUUUGUAUGGGUGAUCACAAGCCAAUCAUAUUGAGCAUACAACUUAAAGCCAAACAAGGUACAUUUAGAUGUUGUAAUUGCUUUAAGCAUGCUAGUGCGCCAAAUAGCAUACUAAGUAAAGACGAGCUUGAUAAAAUUAGUCAAUCACUCAAUGCCAAUGAGGACAAUGCAAUGCAAAAUUAUUGUCCCUAUAACAGUAAUGUAUUUAAUACCAUCCUAAUCGAAUGUCAAAAAUUAUGCCCUAAGCCCUCAGUCAUCAGCAUUAAUAAUAGUCGCCAUAGUCGCAAUGCUAAUAAUUCUAGUCUAACAGAACAAGAGUCUGCCGCUACUACUGCUACUACAGGUGGUGAUACGGCUGCUGUUGUUGCAACAGCAGCAGCAAGUAUAGCAAAGCCAGAAGACUCAUCCUCAUCGUCAACUUCACCCUUCAAACAGCCGCAAAUCAGUAUAAAUCUAAUCGAUUCAGAUAAUCUGCCCAUAUGUCUGUGCUCGCAAAUAUCUGAAGCAUCUGAAAGGCCGUCAAGACGUCGUCGUACAACACCAUUACGAUCAACUGAGUCUGAUGAUGACGAUGACGAUCACGAUGGUGAUUCACAUGAUGAUGAUAAGAACGAUGACGAUGAUGAUGAACAGACUGCAUUGAAUAAUAAAAAGAAGAUUUGUCCCGAGUGUCAGAACAUUAUAAGGCGACAACCAGUCGAACAUCGCUGCACACUAAUAUCGAAACGAUUGCUUCUAGCCAAUAACAUUAUUGUUAAUCGCAUUGAUACACAUUACCUUAAUACAUACCUUGAUAACCGCCAGGAUCCGUACACCCCUGAGAGCGCCGAAUCUCACUCACCGUAUCCAGAGUUUGAGACGAGCCACAGUAGCCGCAGCAGUCCCAACGACGAACUCACCGACGAACCAUUGCGUUCGAACAACAAUACCGAAUCUAAACUACUAUCACCGAAGGCCAAGAAGGCUGGCGCUAUGACGACGGCGACGACGGCUACAGCUGCUGGAGUGGCUGCUGCAGCUGGUGGUGGGGUUAAUUUGAAACAACCAGUUGAAUUGCGUGGAAUUGUCUCGCCGGGCCAGUUGAAGUCCCGGCUGGAGCAUUUGCAGCGCACCUCGUUGCAAAACGAAGAUUCAGAUGAGUUAAAUGAGGCGGGUAUUAUUGGCAAACAUAAAAAUAAUAAUCGCUGUUUUGAUGGUUGUUGUACGAUUCUCUAAAAACAAAAAAAAAAUCCAAAUCCAAAACAUUGUUGCAUUAUAAUUCCAAAAACUUAAACUUUUUUUUGAAAAAAACAUUCAAAAUCCAUGAAUUAAGUCCUCCCCUCUCAAACACACGUACACGCACAUAAAAACUAUACUCACUUCUAGUUUCUUUUUUGCUAUUUUUCUUAUAAUUUUUUGUUUUGUUUUUGAAUUUUGUUUUGGAUUUCAAUUUUUUUUUUCUUUAGAUUUAAGUUUUUUUUAUAAUUAUUAUUAUUAUUUUUUUUUACAAUUAAUAUUAUGUGAUAUUUAUAAUAUUGUAAUUUAAAUCUGAGGUCAAUAGUUCUUUCAAUAUAUUUUUUUUCUGGGGAUAUAAAAAAACUGCCAUAAAAAAACGCUCUUGAAUUCUAGAAGAUAAAUG